CCCAUUCAUUUUCCAAAGCACGACGACCUCGAGUAACAUCGACUGCGCAAGAAGUCGCGGCUUGUUACCACAGCGCAACUCACUGCCAUUCCUACCAGCCACAAUGACUCUCUUCAUCCUCACCGAGACCAGCGCUGGUUAUGCGCUUCUGAAAUCCAAGGACAAGAAACUUCUCAAGCGAGACGACAUCGCAGAAGCAUCAAAGACAGCUGAAGGAGCUUCAGAACUUUUCAAGCUCAAGCACUUUCACAAGUAUGAAAAUGCCGCCCAAGCGCUCAAUGAAGCUGCCGCACUUAUCGAGGGCAAGGUCACUCCACUCCUUUCCUCGUUUCUCGACCACAUCAAAGACGAGAAGAAAGUCUCGUUGGCUGUAGCCGACCCCAAGCUCGGAAACGCCAUCAACAAGCUGCCGCAGCUCUCAGUCACUCCAGUAUCAGACUCCUCUACUCAAGACAUCUACCGUGCUAUCCGGGAGCAUAUGUCGGCUCUGAUCCCUGGACUCGCUCCAUCUGAUAUCCAGACCAUGUCUCUUGGUCUAUCACAUUCGCUAUCCCGCCACAAGCUGAAAUUCUCACCGGACAAGGUCGACACAAUGAUCAUCCAGGCCGUAUCGCUUCUGGAUGACCUAGACAAGGAGCUCAAUCAAUAUGCAAUGAGAGUAAAGGAAUGGUACGGGUGGCAUUUCCCGGAGAUGGCCAAGAUCAUCAAUGACAACUAUGCCUACGCUCGCGUGGUGAUUAGCAUGGGGAUGAGAACGAACGCUUCGAAAACCGACAUGGCCGACAUUCUGCCUGAGGAGAUUGAGGUAGCCGUCAAGGGUGCUGCCGAAGUCUCCAUGGGUACUGAGAUCACGGAUGAGGACUAUGAGGAGAUCCACGGCCUCGCUGAGAACGUUGUUGACCUCACGGAAUACCGACAGAACCUUUCCAGCUACCUCACGACUCGCAUGCACGCCAUUGCACCCAACUUGACUGCUCUCGUUGGCGAAAUCGUCGGAGCGCGUCUCAUCGCACACGCAGGAAGUCUCAUGAACUUGUCCAAGAGCCCUGCUAGUACCAUCCAGGUUCUCGGAGCUGAGAAAGCCCUGUUCCGUGCCCUCAAAACGAAACACGACACUCCCAAGUAUGGUCUCAUCUACCACGCUUCUCUCAUUGGCCAAGCAAGCGGCAAGAACAAGGGAAAGGUCGCCCGUAUGCUCGCAGCCAAGACCGCCCUUGGUCUACGUAUCGACGCACUAUCAGACUGGGGCGCCGGUGGUGCAGGCAAGGACGCCGAGCCUACCGACGAAGACAAGGUCGAAUUCGCAACUGGCGCACGAAGCUACCUCGAACGUCGGCUACGCAAGCUUGAGGGCAAACCACUAAAGAGCAGUGGGCUCAACGCCAACCUCACCCCGAUCACCGAGCCCAAGCUCGGCAAGUUCUCCGUCAAGGAGGCCAAGAAGUACAACCCCAACGUGGACGGCUUAACAGGCGACGAGCCCGCCGCCACCAUUGCAGAGGGUACGUCUACCAAUGGUGCCCUGAACGGCGUCGAGACGACCGAAAAGAAGAGCAAGAAGGAUAAGAAAGACAAGAAGGCCAAGAAUGUCGAAGAGCCUGUGAAGCCAGUCGUUGUCGCAGAGCCAGAUUCAGACUCAGACUCGGACGAGGAGAUGGAGGACAAAACACCAUCAAAGGACCUCAGCAAAGCAGAGCGAAAAGCCGAAAAGGAGGCUAGGAAAGCCCGUAAAGCAGAGCGAGCGGCGAAGCGUGCGGCCAAGGAGGCAAAGAAAGCAAAGAAGGCGGUAGAGGAAGCCCCGAGUUCGAAGAAGCGGAAGCACGACGACGACGGCGACAAGAUCGAGAAGAAGAAAAAGAAGAAGAGCAAGGACUAGACGAUGUCUGUUGUAUUUCCUGUUCUUGUAAGGUCACCUUCACAUUUCUUUUCUCCAUGUCUGGCGUUCUAGGGCGGAUUGCGAAGAGCAAUGGCGUUUGAAAAGGGAACAUGUAUAGUUGGACAGUACGUGUGCUUGUGUGUAGCCAUCUGCUGCCGUCAAAAUACUACGUGUCAAAUAUUCAUCACGGGCGCAGUCAUAAUGGAAGACCUGUGAAACUUC